UCGAAAGAAUAUACGAUAAAAUACCGUAUUUUCCAAAAAUGAAAAUCUUGUUUAAUUAUCCAGUUGCUAACUUUCUUUUCUUGUCCGGUUAAAAUUGGGGCAUUUCCUACUUGGCUACUUUCUUCUUUCAACUAACGGAUCGCUCAUCUCUCACUAAAUCGAACGGCUACGAUUUGUCAACAGAGAUGGCGUGUAUAUCGUUGACCCGCAACACGCCGGAGUCCGCUCCCGUUGAUCAGAGGUUCCCGGCAGUGGCAGCGGAGGAAGAGGAUCGGUGUAGCUCUUAUCGUCGUCAUCCACGUCUUCGAUCAGGAAGAACAGUGAUGAGUCAGACGGCGAGGGGAAGAGGUACGGAGUAAAUAUAAAUGUGGGCAUAAGAUGGGUUCGAUGCUUUGGAAAAGUUUCUGCCUAUAAGGAAUGGCAUAUCUAAGUUCUAGUGUGAAAAUCCAAAUUUUUUACCAGCCUUUCGGAUGCCUUGUCUUGCUUGUCUAUUAAAGAUAUUGUUAAGCCUGAUGAUGCAUACACCAGGAGGCAAAAAAAAUUGCUUGCCUUCAAUAACUUUUGGGACAAGAAUUGUGAUAUUACUUUAAGAAGUAACAAUGGCGGGAUAUCAAAAAGUCCUGCCAACUCUAGAAGUGCAUUAACUCAGGCAGAGACCACAAGCCAUUCUGAGAGCAAUAACAGUGAAAUUUCUAUCUCAAAGUCGUCAUCACCUGGUGGAUAUCAUGUCAUCUCCACCGCUCGGUGAGAAGUUUGCCCCUGGCGGUCUUUCUCUUUGUCUGAUCUGCAACGUACAACUGCUGCUGGUGCCAACAUCUGGGAUUAUGGGUCUAUAACAAAAACAAAUAAAGCAAAGUAUACAGAUGGCCUUCACUUUAGAGUCACACUCAUAAUCGAAAGUCAGAUAGAUGUUCAUUGAGGUGGAGAUAUUUGUAAUUUCUGCCUUGCUUUGUUAUUAUAGGCUUCUACCGUUUGUUGUAAUUGCUGCUGUAUAUUCUUAUCAGUUUCUGCUCUCCUGGUCAGCUAUUGUGUAGCUAUAUAAAAUUCCUGCUAAUUCUGAAGAUUCGUUCUCCUUCUCUUCCCAAGUCUCUUGUCCUCGUACGUUUCUAACUAAGUCAACUAUCCUUAUCUAGGAAAUAUAGGAAUUUCAUUUAAUGAGAAGAAUAUUUUUCCUAAGGACACCUCCAUGUUAUGCUUUGUGGGACUUAAAUUAGGGUUUCUCGUGAGCUUAGUAGUAACUCAUAGUGAGCAAACUUGGUGGCAACUGAAGAGUUCUGGCACUGUUGCCCAGUGUCAGCUGUUGCACUCGUAUAUCCAAUAUUGCUUUUUUAAUAAAAUUAGGCGUCUUGAGUAAUUAUGAUCUUGAACUUUUUAUUUUUGUGUGGGAGUGUCUGUGCAUGUUGUGCAAAAUAUUUUCCGGAUUUCUGCAGCUUCUAGGAGCUUAGUUGCCAUUGCAGAAGACACGAAAGGACAUAGUGUUGUGAAGUACUGGCGUACUAAAACCCCUGGACUUCAGAUCACAGCUUCUUUAAGGAGCUUGUGCAUAAAAUAUGAACAUAGUAGGAGUAGCUGAUCACGAGGUAGAUAUUGAACAAAUCUACAUGUGCAACUAGCUAUGGAAAGACAUACUUAUUAACAUACUAUAUUUACCCAGGUAAUUUCAUCUUUAUAUAUUGGCUAUUUAGGUAAACAUAUAAUUUCUUGCUUUCUUAAUGUAUAUGCGUGUCUUUCCCUAGAUGGAAAUGGCAAAAUUAUAAAGGUAUCCAGUCUUCCCAUAAUCUAAGCAAACUAUUUUUACCAGCUACAGAUUUUUUAUUUUAAAAUGGUUUGGAGCCAACUUAAUUUUUGCUUGUGGUUUAUAGCAUAGUUAUGAAUGCUUCACGAUUCAUGUCUUUUGUAGGCUGUGAAGCAUUGAACUGCCUAUGAACGAUUGUGGGGUUGGCCAUAGGUGGAGAUUUCUGGAUAAAAAUCGUUUCUUUGCAGAAGUUAUUCAUUAAACAGGCUUGAUUUGUGGUAUUGGGCGGUGAAAAUUAGGCUUUGUUUGUGGUAUCGGGCGGUGAAUAAUCGUUGACACGUGGCAUUAGACUUAGUUUUAUAAAAGUUGCUGGAGUAUCCUCCAAUUCAUUACUUGUACUACUUUUCAGAUACCUGAGUAGGAUUUUUUCUCGUCUUAAGUUUGGAUCUUAUGGAUUCUAAACCAGUUAUAGUCAGCCUGAAGGCGCUGCGUGCUUUCCAUUCAAUUGACAGGGCUCUUUAUGCUAUACUCGUGACUGAACUUUGGCGUGAUCCCGUGGAAUCGUUGCAGAUUAUUGCCUUAUGGCUUUGGUUAGAGCAUGUGGGUUUUGGCAAAGUCACAAGGAAGAUCUUGGCAUUUGCUCCGUUGUUCAUCAAUCAAACUGCUGAAGAGGCGGUUAUGUGUAUCAAGUGCAUAAAGGAUUCCCACUUCAGACAUUCAGCUGAAGCCACCGAUAUUCCUCUGACUCGUAGCAUUGUCGAGAAAGAGAUAUCACUUCGGUUUUUUAAUGAGAAUCGUGUGACUGCAUCCCGUGAAGUAGGCAGAAUUAUUAAUCAAGAUUGCCUGUACACUAUGCGAGACAUCACUGAAAAAGCCCUUCAUGGUAAUUCUGGAGAAAGAUCAUCAAGAAACUGGUUAUUAAAUCCAUUGAAUGCUGCUCAGAAUUCUCCAUCAAAUUCUACUCUGAUGCCAUUUAAUGGUCGACAAAGUUCACGAUGGAAUCAGAUGAUGAUUUCAUCCAACGCUAAUACUGCAGAAAGUUCAUAUAGAAACCAGAUGAUUCCUUUUAAUGCUUCUCGACGCUAUUUAUCAAAUCCCAUUGUCAUGCCAUUCAAUGGUGGGCCAAGUUCAGGAUAUGGCCAGAUGAUGAUUCCAUCGAAUGAUGCUUGAAGAUCUUUAUCAAAUCCUACUGUGAUGCCAUUCAAUCUUAGACGAAGAUCUGGGUUGAACGAAAUGAUGAUGUCACGUCAUUUCCACGAGUCGAUGAUCCAUAACUUCUCUAACAUGAGAGUUGGAAGGAAUGCAUUCCCGAGAAAUAAUCAACUCAUAAACGAGGUACCACGAGAAGACAGGACUGUGUUUGCAACAUUUUCUGGGGGUUAUCCUGUGGCUGAAAUGGAAGUUAGGCACUUCUUCACAACGGUCUAUGGGAAUUGCAUAGAAUCCUUCAGAAUGCAGGAGGUUAGGCCUUACGAGCAACCACUUUAUGCUCGAGUCGUGUUCCUUUAAGCCUCGUUCGUUCAGGAAAUUCUUGAUGGUACGGAGAAGGCCAAGUUUACCAUCAACGGAAAGCACGUAUGGAUGCGCAAGUUUGUGCCAAGAAACGAGGGCUCCUCUUAACUGGCAUUGGUGUGAUAGAAUACUGGCUACGUCAUCUAUCUGUAUUUUGAUGUUUCGUUCCCUGUAGUUUCCCGUUAUCCUGUCGUUAUUGUAGCCGUUUGUCGUGUUAAUGUAAUUUCUUUCGUUUCUUUCUUUUACGUGUUGUAUUUUCAAUUUGACUAGUGAAUGCAAUAUAUUAGUGGUGUUACUUGUGUUAAUUUCA